GUUACCACAGAGAUGAUGAUACGCGUUAUUUGCUCCACAGUCCACGGAGGACUUUCGCAGUUUAUCGGAGGAUUGUUUUGGAAAUAAAAGUCACGGCCGUGGGAGCUUACUGCAGAUUAUCAACCAUGCCGCCAUCCCGUCCGUGAAAUUUUAGAGGCAUGCAUACGACACGCAGCCCCUCGUCUGUCCCGGCAUGUUCUUCUGGAGAUGAAGUGGACCUCAGCCUGUUGGGCUCCCGGCUCUCUGUAUCCAAACGGCCCAGCAGCGCAUCUCCAGGGAAGCACUUCUCUCGGUCUGUGUCCGUGUCUGUGGCUGCCGAUGGCAGAGGGAAGCGCAACACGCUGAGCGACACCAACCCCGGGAGCUGCCGUUCCAUCAAGAACCUUAGGCGAUCCAACAGCACCACUCAGGUCAACCAGCAGGCCAACUUUAGUUCAAGUCAGGAGCAGAGUGGGGACUACCUGACUCUGUUCGACAGCAGCUCCGAUGGGCGAAAGAAACUGGCGAGCCUCAGUAAAAGCUCCCCAGAGAGAACCACAUGGAACAUCCUGGACGAUCAGCCCAGAAUCUUCCCGCCGCAUGCGAGCUCCCGCAGCACCGGCAGCAUGGACUCUCCAACCAGCCUGAAGAAAAAAGAGCCUGGCAUCCCUCUGGCUGCCACCUUCACCGCCAACAACAGGAGCAACAAAGGAGCUGUGGGCAACUCGGUCACCACCAUUUUACACAACAACUACUCUGAGAAGCCUCUCACACCGAAGAGCUCAAACCAGAAGCCCUCCUUCAACAACAUCCUAAAGGCCACGGCGAACGACGAGGUGCAGCUAGAGAACGGUUCUGUCACAAAGUCUCAGAAGAAUUUCUCUUCCUCGUCCUCCACCUCCAACAACAGAUCUCCGGUGUCUGCUCAGCGCUGCAGCCCGGUCCCGCCGCGGAGGAGGGAAGUCACAGAGCAGGAGGCGGAAAGGUUUAUCCAGCAGGUGAACCGAGCCGCGGUCGCCAUCCAACGCUGGUACAGACGCCUGAGCAGGAGGAAGCAGAGCCACCAGGCGGCCCUUGAGCAAAUCCUCGCCAAUAAAAGAAAGGAGUGGGAGGAGAAGAAAGAGGAAGGCGAUCAUCUGCAGCAGCACAGGAGAGGUGAAGAAAGGAAGCGGAUUCGUGAGGAGAAAGCUCGACUUGCCCGUCUCGCUGCCAUUCAGGAGCUGCAGCAGAAAAGAGCACAGCGAACUACAGAGGUGCAGGAAGCAGCAGAGUCAGAGCUGGAAACCCUGUGGCAAACGGGGCGAAAGAAGCAGCCCAAGAUCGCCAGCGCCAACAAAAGCCCAACCUCACCGAACAACAACAGUUCCCCGAUGUCGCCCACCGACACCAAGACUAAGAACACAGACUCCAAUUUAAACAUCGCAGCUGAUUUUGGAGAGCUGAGUUUCAGAGCCAUUUCUCCAGCUUUAUCCAGCAACAAAGGGUCACAGUGCUCUCAGGAGCUGCAGCAGAAACCAGCACGCCGGGCAGCAGAGGAACAGACAUCCGAAGUGGAGCUUGAAUACCAGAGCAAAGCUGGAGCAGGAGGACGGAAGAGACUUCUCAGGGUCCCACCGACCAACAACAGUCUAGCCCCACUGAGCAGCAACAACAGCCCAAAGUCUCCCACAGACAACAAAUCUAAGAACACAGACUUUAAUCUAAAUGUUGUAAAUGACGGAGCGGAUCUUGGGUUCAGAGCAGUUUCCCCCGUUUUCUCACAUCACAGAAGUUCCCAGGACCUCCUGCAGAGGUCAGUGAGUGUGGAGGACCAGCGUCAGGGAGCUCCGUCCAGCCGACCUCAGUCCAAAACCACCCUGAAUGAGCUGCUGGACACCCUGAAGCUGCUGGAGGAGGAGCCGGAGAAACUGUCAGAGCCGAGGUGUUAUCAGAAGGAGAAGUACGCCUGGAUAGAUGAGGAUGGGGACUCUCUGACCACGGAUAACCUGGAGCGCCACGGCCAGCUGAAUCAGCAUGGCGUGCUGCCAGACGGGGGCGCUCUGCUCUCUGAGGCCAAGCUGCAGAGCAUUAUGAGCUUCCUGGAUGAGAUGGAGAAGUCGGAGCAGGAGCGGCCACGGUCGGUCACCUCUGGGUCACAUAGAGAGGCCGUCUUGUCUGAGGAGGAGCUGGUUGGCAUCGAUCACGUGUCGGCCACCGCAGCUGAAGUCAGCAGCUCCAUGAUGAGGAUCAAACUGGAGCUGGAGGAGAAGAAACGCACCGUCAACAUGCUGCAGGCUGCAUUGGCUCAACAGAGGGAGCUGACAGCAAGACACGUGAAGGAGACGGAGAAAGAGCUGAGCAGAAACUUCCAGCUGCAGAAGGAACAAUACGAAGCCACCAUCCAGAGACACCUGACCUUCAUAGACCAGCUGAUCAAUGAUAAAAAAGCUCUUAGUGAGCGCUGUGAAGGCGUGGUGGCCGAGCUGAAGCAGGUGGACCAGAAGUACACUAAGAAGAUUGCACAUAUGCAGCAGCAGCAUGAAAUGGUGUGGCAAAUACUUGGCCCCUUGUGUGAGGAGAUCAAAAAGUUAAAGGACCUGAUGAGCGCCACGGAAAAGAUCCGCAGAGAGAAAUGGAUCGAUGAGAAAACCAAAAAGAUCAAAGAGAUCACAAUCAAAGGGCUGGAGCCGGAGGUCCAGAAGCUCAUCUCGAAGCACAAACAGGAGCUGAAGAAGCUGCGGACGUUGCACGAAGCGGAGCUGCUGCAGGCCGACGAGCGAGCGGCUCAGAGAUACGUGCGGCAGAGUGAGGAGCUGCGGCAGCAGCUGGAGACGGAGAAGGAGGAGCGGUGUCAGAGGGAGAGGGAGCUGGCCAAGCAGAGGUAUGAGAAGCAGCUGCAGGAGGAGGAGCUGUCCCUGCAGCAGCAGAGGAGGCGGCUCUACAAGGAAGUAGCCGAUGAGAAGGAAAGGCUGGCCGACCUGGCCGCCAGGCAGCGAGGCGAGCUGGAGGAGCUGCGGCGGCAGCUGGAGGAGAACAGCUCGCUGGCUGGUCGAGCCCUCAGAGAGGAGAUGGAGAAGAGCCGGGAGGAGCAGGAGAGGAGGCACCAGGUGGAGAUGAAGAUACUGCAGGAACGUUUGGAUGUUGAGAAGCAGACGUGGGAGGAAAACUACAAGAAGAAAGAGGAAGCCUGGAUGCUGAGCCGUGAGCGCGAGCUGAAGGAAGAGCUGCGGCGAGAACGAGACAAAGAGAUCGAGAUCGCCAUCUGGACUCUGGAGGAGGAGACCAGCAAGGACAAGGAGGAGUGUGAGCGGGCUGCAGACAACAAGAUAAGGCGCCUGAAGGAGAAGUACGAUGCCGAGCUGAGGGAGCUGGAGCGCUCGGAGAGGGCCGCCGUGGAGAAACAGCAGGAGGCGAGGAAGCAGCAGGUGGAGGCGCAGGGAGAGCUGAUCCGACUGCAGGCCGCGCUCAGACAGAAAGAACAGGAGGUCCAAGACGUCACGCGGACCAGAGACAAGCUGGCCGAGGAGCGCCGCAGCCUGGCCGAAGUGAUACGGCAGGAGUUCGCAGACCGCCUGGUGAUGACGGAGGAAGAGAACCGCAGGCUGAAAGUGGAGGUGUCAGAGGUCAGAGCGAGGCUGCGGUUGGAGCUGGAGAGGAUCACCCGCGAGAAGGAGGAGGAGCUGGCCGAAGUCCACCAACGGGUAAAGUCGGCCAUCUUGAAGAAGGAAGAAACUGUGAAUAAUCUCCGUAAGCAGUAUGAGGCUGCUGUGAAGAGGGCGGACCACCUGGAGGCUCUGUGGGAGCAGCAGAGGAAGCAUCUGUUGGAGAAGUGACUGACAGGAGCGUCUGGUCCAUCCCCACCCCCUUUCAGCUGGUGGAGGUAUUUUCUACCUGCAAGACUGAACCUGUGGAAGGCUUAAAAUGUGACCUACCUCAUUGUAAAAACUAAAAAGAAGGCAAAAUAUCCUGGAUUUCACUGUAAGCGCCCCCUUUACCCCUGGCCCCCCAGGAAUAAAAGGAGUGUGUUGUUUUGCCUUCAUUUGUCUGCCACUGACCAGGUGGCUGUAGAUCAAAGCGUCGCACACGGACUUUCCUCACAGACUCUUUUCAGCCGUUGCGGCGUUCCUGAGCUGGAAUGUUCACGUUCCCUACGGGGGGACGGACCAGAGCAGACGACCAGAUGGUUCCCCGGAGCCUGCUGGUGUGCAGCCGGACCCAGCAGGGGCCCUUUCCCAUCAGCGUCACGUCAAGCGUGAGCUCUAUGCCUGAAACGAGUCGAGUAAUCACUGACUCGUGUUUUUAAUCAUCACUUCACCACCCCCUCCCCCGAAGGCGAGCGCUAAUUACAGAGCUUUAACCAAGCGGGCCUGGGUGCAGCUCUGUUUUGGGUUUAAUGAAACCCAAAACAGUUUAACUGUUUGCAGACGGAAACUGGAAGGAUGCAGGACGUCGUUGGUAAAGAGAGCAAUGAGAUGCUUGGGCAAAUGCAAGUGGGGAGGAAUGUCUGAGGUUGGAGGAUUGCAGCGCGGUUCUGGGGGUUUCUGAAUGUGGGGAAGUAGGAAUGCCAGAGAGAAUGCGUAGAGGAUUAGGGAAGCAGAGCUGCGACAGAGCAGGGUGGGUUGGUUGGAUCUGAGAGGGAGCAGCACAUGUUGAUCCUGAAGCUCCACGGAGGAACAGAACCGGCUCCACGCCUUACUGGGUCUGGGGAAUCGGUUUGAAUUAUUCCCCAUUUCUUUCUCGCAGGAAAUGUGCGUCGAUUCGAUUUCAGUAAGGGAAUCCUAUUGGUUAGGUCCAGCAGUAUGAGCGAGAGAGAAAACGACCCGAUGGAAAAAGUCCAAAAAUCUCCAAAUCACAAUAUUUAUUCAUUAUUUUACCGUUAUUUAUUGCUGCACUCGUACCGCGGUGUUGCUGCUCCACAGAACCAUCUUGUUAAACACGUCAAAUUAUCCUGUCUUUUUUUUGUUGUUGUUGUUUUGUUUUUUUUUUCUUACUUUCUUCUGAAAAUGUAUUACUGCGAACUAUUUCAAAUUGUUCCAUUUUGUAAAAGUUUAUUCGGAUGUUAAUUUUAGGGAACUUGAUGGAACAACAUUAUGUGAAAUAUUUUGCUGUUGUAGAACGGAGUCUGGGUCUGUCGGUGGAUCGGAGGGCUCACCGCUUCACCUGGUUCAGGAAGUUGGUUUGAAGCGGCUCUGCUCCAGUAGGGAAGCAGAAGUUUCUCACACUUUCCCAGCCCUCGGCGUGUGACGAGUUCACCACUGCGCCUCCCGUCGUUCCAGCCAAGUCGACCCAAUUUAGUCGAUUUGUUUUCCUUUUGUCUGAUGUCUUCCACAUCUGUAAACGUUUCUGGCCGAACGUAGAUCUCCUGAAUGUUUUAGUUCAUUUCCAAUUCUUGUUUUGGUGUUUUUCCACAGCGGUUGAUUUAAAGAAAACAAAACUGUGACCUGAACGAUGACUGAUGUGUCUGCAGACAAGAGAAUAAAAAGCAAACCGUUUUCGAAU